ACGGUUCGUUUGUGCCGUGGUAGGUUAUGCAGUGCUAAAACUUGCGUCCUCCAGCGAAUAAAGAGAGGGAGUCCGCGAGAAAGCGAACAGCCGGAGGAGAACGAAUUGCGACCGCGGGGAGUGCUUUCCGGUGCUGGCGCUUCAUCAGCUGAGUGUGCUCAGAAUCGUGCGGAAGGGGUUUGCAGUGGUCAGUGUGCGGUUUGUGCGUACCCAAAGCAACCUGAUCAACUCGCCAGUUCUCUUGGCCAAGGCGACGAUAAGUCAUCCGAAGGUGUCCCAAUCUGCUGCCACAUCGUCGCCCCGAUGCACCGGCCCGUCGUGUAACGUGAGACAACACCGGUUCCAGUAGCUGGACACCGGACGCAACCACAGGACGAUCAUUUGCAUCAGACGUCUUGAGCAGCGCGGUUCCCGAUCCCCGUAGGGCCCGCCGCCCUAGAACACAAACAAUCCUACAAAAAUGGCCAAAUUCGACGGGAAAAAGUGCCGUCUGCUGACGGUGAUGUCACUGACGGUGUUUUUCUUUUUCGUCGAAAUCGUCGUUGGCUACUUCACCAACUCGAUGGCCCUGGUGGCCGACAGUUUUCACAUGCUGGGCGACAUAGCGGCACUCGUGAUUUCGUUCCUAUCCAUUAAGAUGUCGCCAAAGAAAUGGUCCAAAAAUACGUUCGGUUGGGCGCGAGCGGAAGUGCUCGGUGCACUGGUGAAUGCAGUAUUUCUCGUGGCACUUUGCUUCAGUAUUACUAUAGAAGCCUGCAAAAGAUUCAUCGAGGUUGAACACAUCCACGAGCCCGAGCUGCUGAUUGUUGUGGGAGUGAUCGGACUUUUGGUGAACCUACUAGGCCUCUGUCUGCUGCACAAGCACGGUGGAGGAGGACACCUUGGGCAUUCGCAUGGCGGUGGUCUUACACAGUCGAAACAGAUGAGCGGGUCGCAUGGCAACUUGGCCAACACGGACGACAAUGAAAACAAAUCCUUCAUGUACCAACAGAAUGGAGCGGCAGCGAAAAAACCUACCCACCAUGGCCAUUCGCACGAUUCCUCCCAGAUGAACAUGCGCGGCGCCUUCCUGCACGUGCUCAGCGAUGCGCUUGGUAGCGUUGUCGUGAUAAUAAGCGCCCUGAUUGUCAAAUACACCGACUGGGAGUACAAACUGUACAUGGAUCCGGCUCUAUCGGUGGUGCUGGUCGCGCUCAUCCUAAAGUCCGUGUGGCCGCUACUGCGCGAAUCGGCGUUGAUUCUACUGCAAACCGUACCGACGCACAUACAGGUCGAUGCCAUACAGCGCCGGUUGCUCGAAAAGGUCGACGGUGUGCUCGCGGUGCACGAAUUUCACGUUUGGCAGCUGGCCGGUGAUCGCAUCAUCGCGUCGGCGCACAUCCGCUGCCGUAAUCUGUCCGAGUACAUGAAGAUCGCUGAGCGCGUGAAAGAGUUCUUCCACAACGAGGGUAUCCACUCGACCACCAUUCAGCCCGAGUUUGUUGAACUCGAGCAGCUCAACAGCUUUUCCGCAGGUUCGGAUGGCUUUUCCAACAGCCUGAAUGGCAGUGCCACCCAGGACUGCUGUGCGCUCGACUGUCCCACGACGGAUGAAAGUAGUUGCAUCAAAGCUACAUGCUGCCAAAACAACAAUAAUGUUAAGAAUCAACCAUCGUCGCCGACACCAUCACCAUUCUUAUGCCGCCAAAGAAGUUCCAGAAGCGGGAACGACGUGGAAUCCGGAUCCCUGCUUGACCAGAACAAUCAAACAGCACCGAGCGAGGGUGCGUUGCCAAAAAUUAGCGUUUGACAGACAUCUCCGCUGAGCGGCAGUAACAGAAAACCUCACCUAAUGACCAUCGGAACAUCGCACAGCCUCGAACGACACCCGGCACCACCUACGACCAUAGCAAUAAUCGCCAAUCGGGAACAGCAGCAGCACCAUCAGACUGCCACGGACGUGAGGUCAUCGUGCUCGGACCAUCGUCCAGGAGGCAGCCCGUGUGACGAUGAUCGAAAACCGACGUACAAUCUCAACGCGAGCCGAUUGUAUCGUGUACGGCGCAGCGGUGCAGCGGCUGACCAACAAGUACCGCCCUGUGGAGACGCCGGUAGUGACACCCAAGCGGAGGGUAGUGGUGGCGCCACUCGACAAUACACGCUACCGAUGGCUUCGUGUAGUCUACUGGAGAGCUACGUUACCGGGACUGGUUCCCCGCUGCGGAACCUGUACUGCCAAUGCCACCAGCACAGCACACAGUGAACAGCGAGACCCAAGACCCAAGGAGGGGGUUCGUGCAUGUCCCACGAUUGCAGGCAAUCAAUCGGGUUUGAUCGUAAGAAUCUCCGCUGCUGGGUUGAUGGUUGGGUUUUUUAUGUUGUGCCAAGGGGCACUGGGUCGCCAUUGGGUUUAUCAGAUUAACAGAUUUCACUCCAACGAGAAAGGAAAGGUUCGUGUGUUAGGCAGAGAACGCAAAGAUAGUCAUUAACCGUAUUUACGCGCAGCAGCACCAUGUCUAGCACGGUAAAUGGAAUUAUGUUCUGUUGCCCUACUCAAAAGAUUUUGGACCGGACACUGGGAAGCAGAUGGUCAUGUUGUUGAUGUGUUGUGAACUGGCAGUGGCGGAUGGUCGGUCUACUGAAGGCCGUAAGCAUUUGCGAGAUUUUAUGCGAACAUUUUGCAGACCCAAACCAGUUCGGCCGUUGACGUUUGUCACCGUUGGAUUUUGUAUUCCAUAUCUUUAUUGUAUUAUUUAAGCGUUCGGCAACGCUGUCCUCUCUUGCAUUCGGCGCGCGUGCACUAGCUGCCGACGGAUCGAAAGAGGACCGCAAUUGUUGGGCGCACGUGAAACGUGAGAGGCGGAAAGAUAGAUUUUUUAUGCGCGUUUGACCAUAUCGGGCGGACGAAGAGAAUAUCGCUGACAAACCAAUCAAACGCUCUGUAAUACUGUGUGUGAUGUACUGUAGUUUGUUAAGUGAUGACACGUUCUAACACGGGGGCGCGCGACGCCGUAAUUUAUAAAUCCAUACCCAAGCGUGUGUGACGUAUAAGUAUUUUCUUGCUAAGUAUAGUCUUGACCCGGUGCAUCCUCGAACGUAAUGCACCCCAUAAAACGGCCGAUAAACUGCUGACCGUGACACUGAACAAGCCUGUCCCCCCGAAACCGUAAAUUAUUAGGAAUACUGUUUAUUUUUAAAUAAACGUUCCCCAACAACCCGACGCUUGGGGACGGUGGAAACAAAUUUGAAACAUGGAAGGAAGCGUCUGAAAAUGGACUAGAAAAAGCUACACUGCUUCAUCAUUCAAGGUGCCGCAUCGUCGUGCGAAUUACAAGUUACAUUAAUAGUAAGCUCAGCACACGUUGGGGGGCACGGUCUCGGCGAGGAUCGUCCGAUCGCCACCGGUUUUGCAACAAAAUAACUGUGUACAAUUUGGUUGCAUAGUAAGCGGUCAUUCUUAGAAGCAAAAGAAAAUCAAGUUCCAAUUAGCCCGAUUGGGAAUGUCAUGAUAGAGUGCAACAGAGAGAGAGAGAGAGAGAGAGAAAGAUUAACUGUAUUAUUAAAACUGUUUUAGAACUAUGAAAGAUGUUUUGCUGAUGGCCAAUCAGAACAAAGGUGUUGACGCAAGUCAAACAAAACAACCAACAACAAAAAACCGUAAAGUAUGCCCCAAGUUUACUAUACACAACUAACGCACGUCUCUAGCGCUAGUUGCAGGCCGAGAGGACGUGACGAUCAUAUUGGAUGAAGCGAGAUUUAGCAUAGAUGAAAUUUUAAUGCAAAUAUGCUACGAGCAAAGCAUAUUCUUAGUGGCCGCUAAAAAAUAGUCCGUUUUGAGCAUGGGCAGACGAGAAAUACAACAAAUCAAAGCUAACAAUAAAGUAGGAUAAUUUUAAUGACCGAUCCGCCACACCACGAUAAAACCCGGUCGCUCCGGAUUUACAGUUAACCGUGAGCGGAACUCUUGCAACCGUACGUGCAGGUUUAUAUAUGGUGAACAACCUUAUAAUAAAAUAAAACAUAUGUCAAAUGUUUGAACGAAAUAUAAUAGGGAAAUAUAAGAGAAAAGUUUGAAAAUAAA